GUCAGUGCCGUCAGUAGUCAGUAAGGCCAGUAAAGGCAAGUAAAGGCAGUAAAGCGCGCCGCCUCGUGCCGUCAACAUCAGAAUUAUUAGUUUUAUUAAAAAUAUAUCGAUAGAUAACAAACGCGUGCAAUGGCCGCGUGUGAAACAUCCCUCGUCACAUCAUCCACUUCAGGUGUCAUUAAAAAUAAAAAUUCAAGCUCUGGUACUCCGAAUUACAGUGGGAGUACUGGGGACAAUGGAAAAUCAAUUACCUGGCAACAAAGACUUUUUGGUAAACAAGUACACCGUUGUAAUGAAAUAAAUCCAGAUAAUAAUAAAUUUGAUUGUAUUGAUGUUAGCGCAUUUGUUGAUGAUUCUGAUGGUAGUUCAAUGUGUGAAAUAAUUGGUGUUUACUUCAGUUUUAUAAAUUCAAGUGCCACGUGUGAUGAAUUUACUAAACAAUUGACUGAAUUAUAUGCAAAUGUUAAUUCAGUAGCAGCUUCAAAUGGUGAUCAUUCUGCUGAAAAUAACAAAUUAAAUUCACCAUUUGGACGUAAAAAAAAAUUUGAAGUUGUCCAUAUUGUUUUGUGGAGCAAUGUCACUGAUGUACUUGACUUUGAUGAGAGUUUUAAUAAUCAUGUACAAGAUUUGCCGUGGCUUGUUGUGCCUAAUCAAGACUACGAGAGAAAGACAAGACUUACCAGAAGAUACCGGAUUAAAUCGGGAGUACCGACGCUGAUACUUUUGGAAGGAGCCAGUGGAUCAGUGGUGACACGAGGUGGCGUCGAACGUGUCACUGAAGAUCCAAGUGGCGCAAACUUUCCCUGGAGACCUCCUCAUCCCAAGGCAACCCUCGAGGAUGGUCCACUGCUAGCUUGUGGGGCGAGAGACACCAAAGAACCGAUGCUCCAUGAAGAGCUCAGGCACUGCAUCAAGGGUGUAUACUUCAGUGCACACUGGUGCCCACCAUGCAGAGCUUUUACACCACAAUUAGUGGAUACAUAUCAACGAAUAAGAGAACGAGGACACCAUUUUGAAGUUAUUUUCGUCAGUUCAGAUAGGAGUGAAGAAUCUUAUAACGUACAUAUUGAAUCAAUGCCGUGGUUGAGGAUACCAUUUACCCAUGAGGAACGGAGAAAAAAGUUGGCAAUAGCUCUUGACGUACAAGCUAUUCCUACACUUGUCAUUCUUGAUCCUCGGGACAAUAUCAUCACUCUUGAGGGUCGGGCUGAACUUCUCGAAGAUCCUGAGGGGCUGAACUUUCCAUGGACCACCAGACUGGUUAAUAUAUUGACAGAAAAAUAUGCUACCUCUCUACACGAUGCCCCAGCAAUUAUUUUAUUUGUCGCUUCGGAGGGUGAAGAUUGUGAAAUACAAUUUGGUGAGAGUGUACUUUUGCCUGCUGCGGAAACUUACAGAAGAGAUAGACCAGACUACGACCCUAAUUAUGAUGAUCCUGAUGACACUCUACAAUUUUACAUCGCUCUAGAUUGUGAAACAUCAGACAUUUUACGGGAAUUCGUUGGACUGGAUGAUGCGGUGCCAUUGCUGACGGCGAUUGAUAUACCACGGGGAGUCUACGCGGUAAUGGAAGACGGUGCCGAGAUCACAGUCGACUCCGUCCAGCAAUUUGUCGACGGAUUUAGAAAUAACAAAUUACCAAUAAAUAAAAUUGCCGCUUCACAAAAGUCCGUCAAGGAUGAAAAAAUAUUAUCAUCAUUAUCAUAAAUAAAAAAUCUUUUUAUCAGCAAAAUUUUUUAAUAAUAUAAAUUUUAAAUAAAUCGGCUGUAUAAAACGUAAUUGCUUAUAAUAUUUAAUAAAUAUAUAUGUGUAUGAUAGAUUAG